AGAAAUUCAAGAGAGUAGUGUUCAUAAACACCCGUUGCUCUUCUUGUUAUUUUCGGCUUCUUUUGAUAGGUAGUACGCAACCAUUAAUCGCCCCAUAAACAAUGAUGUUGGAGGUAAAUUUUCUAACUCAAAUUUCAUUAAAGACAUGCCUCUAUAUAAGUAUAUAUUUUAAUUGAUAUGUAGAAUAUAAUUGUUAUUGUUUUCUAAUCAUCCUUCUUUUAAAGUUUAACAUGUUUGACUAAAUAAUACUAAAUAAAUUAACUGCGCUCAUGGCCGCUUAUAAAAGACGUCGAUCAGAUCAAACACAAAUAAUAUAUUAUCUCAAGAAAUCUUAUAUCAAAAUCUACGGGUGAUUGCCUUUUCUUUUAUUCUGAUAACCAUGAGCAGAACCAGCAACAAAUAUCUUCAGAGACUACCGAUGGGUAUGGGUAUGGUCAUGAUCUUCUUCUUCUUCUUCUACUUCAUUGAAAUCACCUACGAACAAAGGCCACCUCCUUACAUCCCUGUGGAGAACAUAAUCAUCGACUGUGGAUCUUCAGGAGAACACAUUGCACAAGAUAAACGGAGCUGGAAUGGAGACAUAGACUCCAAAUUUUUUCCUUUAGAAGGCAAAAAUAAAGCAUCAGCCCCCCUCAAAGCGGUGGAAAGAACAAUUGCGUUGGACCCAGUCCCGUAUGAAACAGCACGGCUCUCGCUUUCUGAAUUCACCUACACGGUACCAGUAACCCCAGGCCCAAAGUUCGUCCGGUUGUACUUCUUCUCAGCAACAUACAGAGAUUUUAAUCGCUCAAAGGCCUUCUUCGAAGUCAGGAUCGACAAAUAUACUCUGCUAAAAAACUUCAGCGCUUCUCUUACUGCUGAUGCUCUUAACAUAUAUGGUAUAAAGAAAGAAUACAUUUUGACAGUGGAGAAGUCACCCAUGAAGAUAACUUUCACUCCUACAUCUUCUCAGGCAGGUGGAGCUUUUGCUUUCAUCAACGGCAUCGAAAUAGUAUCCAUGCCCUCUGCUCUAUAUUAUUCAAAUGGCCGUGGCCUUGCUAUUGUGGGACAGGAAGGUCGCUUCUUCACCCUCACAAACAACACGGCUAUGGAAACUAUGUAUCGAAUAAAUAUUGGUGGCAACACUCUCUCCCCCAUUGACGACACCGGCAUGUUUCGUCAAUGGAACACGGAAGAAGAGUACCUGGUGAGUGAAGGGCUGAGCGUUCAACCAAUUACCAUUACCAGAACUCCACUGAAAUUCAGAGAUAAUAUUUCAUCUUAUGCAGCACCUGACAGCGUCUAUAAAACCGGCCGGUCUACAGGAAAUAAGCCCAAUAAAGCGUUACUGAGAAGUUACAAUCUCACUUGGGAAUUUUCUGUGGAUUCCAAAUUUAGAUACAUGUUGAGAUUGCACUUUUGCGAGAUUAACAAAGAGUUUACUGAAGUCGGCGAUCGGGUCUUUUAUAUUUAUAUAGCAGAUGAUAGAGUUGAGAAAAAAUUCGAUAUUAUCAAUUUUGCUCAUGGUCAAUUUGUACCUUACUACAAAGACUACCUAUGGUUUGGUAAUAAUAGCGAUCAAAAGAAAGUUAAGCUCUCUGUAGCUCUGCAAGCGAACCCGGAUGAUUAUCGGACGACUUUUGUGGAUGCAAUUUUGAAUGGACUGGAGAUCUUCAAAUUGAACGAUGACAGCGGUAAUCUUGCCGGUCUAAAUCCCGACUCUCCUAACCGUACCGCAAUUGCCCGACCAUCCACGGAUGCGGAGAAGGGGAAAAGCAGUCUAAUAACUAUUAUUGGGGUCGUUUUUGGCAUAAUCGCUUGUAUGGUUCUGAUCUCUGUUCUAAGUUUCUUCAUUUCUCAGAGUAGAAGAAAAGUUAAAGACUCAGCUUCUACUGAAGGUAGUAAUUGGUGGGACCCCAUUUUUUGUACCAAGUCCAAGUCAAGGAAGAAACAAGGUUCUUCAUUGCCGUUAGAUCUGUGUCGAUACUUUUCAUUGGCAGAGAUCAAAGUCGCAACCACCAACUUCGACUCUAUGUUCAUUAUCGGUAGGGGUGGAUUUGGCAACGUCUACAAAGGAUAUAUCGAUGGUGGGACCAUCCCAGUUGCAAUUAAACGGUUAAAACACCAAUCAUUACAAGGGGGGCAUGAGUUUAAAACUGAAAUUGAGAUGCUCUCCUAUCUCCGCCACCUCAAUCUUGUCUCUCUUAUUGGUUAUUGUAACGAAGAGUCAGAAAUGAUUCUUGUAUACGAGUACAUGGUACGCGGGACUCUUUCUAGUCAUCUCUAUAACACUGAUAAUUCACCUCUUUCUUGGAAACAACGACUCCAAAUCUGUCUUGGAGUGGCUAAUGGGCUAUAUUACCUGCAUGAAGGUGUAAAUCAUAUGAUCAUCCAUCGUGAUGUAAAAACCACUAAUAUUUUAUUAAGUGAAAGACUAGUAGCCAAGAUUUCAGAUUUUGGGUUAUCAAAAAUGGUCCCCACCACCUUAUCGAAGACCCAUGUCAGCACAAUGGUCAAAGGUAGUUUUGGGUAUUUAGAUCCGGAAUAUUUUAAAUGCCAACAAUUAACGGAAAAGUCUGAUGUGUACUCAUUUGGUGUAGUGUUGUGUGAAGUACUGUGUGGUAGGCCACCGAUAUUACGAAAUGUAGAGAGAAGGAAAAUGAGCCUAUCCCAAUGGUUUCAGACAUGCUAUUUAGACAAAAUUCUGAUUCAGAUUAUUGACCCAUAUCUAAAUGGUAAGAUUGCACCUGAGUGUUUGAACAAGUAUGGGGAGAUUGCGAUGAGUUGCAUGCUAGAUAACGGAGCCGAUAGGCCAUCGAUGAAGGAAGUGGUGCGAGAGUUAGAGUUGGCAAUGCAACUGCAGAACAAUGCAGAAGAAAACAUUAGGUUUGGUGGAGAACCUUCUCAAAUGAAUCCUGAUGGUACAGUUAGAUAUUACUUUAGCUGGGAAGAUCCAUCUGGAGCUGUUUUCUCUGAUAUCAAGAAUCUUGAAGGAAGACCAUGAUGUAAACGAUCACAGUAUUAUGUAGCUACUUAUUUGUUAAAAUUAUUUUAUAUUUGUACUGGAAGAAUUUCCCCGAAGUGAUGUGGCAUUGCAUUUAAAAGAGAAAGUGAUGAUUUUGAGGA